AUGCAUCACGUGUUUACUGCUUGUAAAUUGAAACACUCGCCCAGCGGUGGUCAAUGGAAUGUAUGCGUCGUAUCGGUAUCAGUGUUCUGCCAGCUUCUCCGGCAUUUGCAUUCGUUCAUCGUGCAAACCGUUGGUCCUCAAGCGUGCAUCAAGCUGGUGGUCAGUACAGUGGUUGAGAAUUUUUCCCGGAAUCGCUACUCUACAAAAAGCACGAUGAAGUCCAACGUAUUUGUCCUGUUCGAGCUGCUGGCCUGUGUUCUACUUCUGGAAGGACUUCACGCCCAGAAGGAGGGCAACGGUCUCCACAAAGGCUCCACUUGAGUGCAUGUGUCGUCCUUGCACAGGCAUCGAGGACUCGAACGUUAUUCCCCAAGAGCUGGCCGCAUUUGCCGACGACGGAUCGCUGACUGGUUACUUUCAGAAAUCACAGUACAAGUCUAUUGAGUAAAUUG